AUGUUGAGAUGCUCUAAGGGACUAACACAAGGAGGUGUCCUCAGUCCCCUUUUGUACACAUUGUAUACAAGAGGUCUAGAAGCCAGUGUGGAAGGAGUUAAAAUGGUGCAAUUUGCAGACGACGUGUGUAUAUAUAGAAUAAAUAACAAUGUGGGAACAUCUCUAGUUGAAAUCGAAAAUGCGGGUAAAUCAAUCCAGCAAUUUUUAGGAGCGAGUGGCCUAGACCUGGCCCCAGAAAAAUGUAAUCUAGUCGUAUUUAGCAAAAGCAAGAAAAUUAGGGAUAGAGUUUGGUCGAUAACACUAAACGACGUACAGGUACAAGCGCAACACUCCGUUAAAGUUUUAGGAAUUUAUUUUGAAGCAGAUCAUAAGUGGAAUAGACAAAUACAGUCGAUCGAAGAGAAAUGCUUAAAGCCGAUGACAAUCAUCCGAUGGUUAAGAUCGACGUGGUGGGGUGCGGACCCUGAGCUUUUGACCAGGCUUUACACAGCUUUAAUAAGAUCUAGAAUUGUAUACGGAGAUAUAAGUUUUUACCCAGUUAACAAAAAUCAAGAAAUUAGACUAGAGAGAAUCCAAACCAAGGCGAUUAAAAUUGCGCUGGGGCUCAGAAGUUCAACCCCAAAUAAUGUUACGCUGGGAGAGUCCAAGAUUCCCCCUUUGAAAAGCAGAAUUAAAUUCCUCGGAAGAAAUUACUUAACUAAGGCUUUUGCCCUUGAAAACAACCCGAUAAUUAGAUCAUUAGAGAAAGGAAACGAAUUAUGA